GUAUACUUGACUACCUUAAUAUAUCAGAAAUUCAAAUUCUAAUUGAUGAUAUUAUAACAUCAACAAAUUAUAAAUUCUCAGAACAUGGACAAAGACUAAUACAUUUUAUUUUAUACUUAAACACCGAGAUGGUAAAUUGUAGUUGGGUUAAAGAAAAUGCAUCGCUAAACCUCAAACAAUAUGUACAUGGCAAUACCCUCUCAAAUAAUCUAUACUAUAAACUUGUGAAAAUCUUGAAUUUAAAACCAUUUAUAUCCGAAAUUAUAAUGUAUACUCCUUACAGUUUUUGCAGUGAUUUAAUUGAUAUUUAUUUAAAUAAAAUAAAAGCUAUGGAUGGACUUUCACAGUUAGUUGAUACAGAAAAUCUAGUUAUUUCUUUGAUGAAAUCUGUUAAACGUGGACCUAUAAGAUCUAAUUCAGAAAGUUCUGUAGUCAGCCACUUCAAUCAAGCCAUGCAAGUAUUUGGCAAAGAUUAUUUACCACAUGAUAUAAGGAGGCUUGAUUUUGAAGAUGAACAAAAAGAAAUAACAAGAUAUAAUGGAUUUCGGGUGAAAAGCAUAUUUAACAUCUUUAUAGAGAUGAUUAAAUAUAGAAGUGCUCCUGAUACCUACAAUCUGCAUCCAUUGUAUACAUUAAAAUCAUUACGUUCACCUAUUCCAUCAACAGAUACUGGAAAUAUUUUGUUUAAAAAAUGUUUUGAUGUAAUUAUGUACAAGUGUAUGGAUAUGUGCAAUUUUAGCAUUGAUACUUGGAUUGCUUGGUAUGAAGUAGAAGUUGUUGAAGAAGAUACAAAUCUACAAGCAGCUGUUGGACAUCUUUGUUUUGAAUUAUGUAGUUUAAUAGAURAUGGAACUAUAAGUGAAUCCUUAUUAAAGGACUUCAGGCCAAUUCUUCGCAAUAUAGCCAUAGAAAAGAUUGAUUUUAGUAAUAUUGAUAUCACUGACAUUGAUGCAAUGGCUAAACGUGUUGAAGGUUCUUCCAAAUUUCAUCUCAACGCUUGGGUAAAAAAAAUGAUUGAAAACCCAGACGUUUUUGUUCAUAACCGUGCUAUUCAAGUAAUUGGCAACUACAUAGACUGUGUUGAUUACAACUGCUUCAAAGCCAUCAUUGAUGUUAGUAUGGCUUAUCAUAAGAAUGGAGGUGUGAUUUCUGAAGCUGUAGGAAAUGUAAUAUUUAAAGGACUCAAACACUUGGAUUUAGAAGAUACAUUGUGUAUUCUAAGUCAUGUUAUGAUCCACUAUGCCGAUUGUACAUUUUAUAUAUCAAAUGAUUUUGAUGAGCUAUUACUUUAUGUUGUACGCAAUGAGUUUGAUGAGAAUAUUGAUUCACAAGAAUUACUGUCCACAUUGGUUUGGCUUAUUAUACAACAACCAAGGAAAAUGUUGAAUUUAUUAAUAUCUCAAUAUGUCACCGGUAUUUGUGGAUUACCAGUCAAAGGAAUUGAAUUUAAGAGAUCAUGUUGCCACGAUGGGUUGAUUAGUAUUCAUGCACACAUGGAUCCUUCUUACAUUUACCAAGAAUACAUGAACUGGUUGUCUCCUGAUUUAAAUUUAUCAAGAGACCAAAAGCAUAACCUUCGCCAAUGGGUAUGUCUAUUUAAUUUUAUGUAG